UUCUUCCAUUCAUCAUCCGUCCGGCAACGGCGAGCUCUCAAGUGCGUAUCCGAUUUGUGCGUGUGUAUUUAUUUAUUUAUGUAUGUCGAGGGCCACGGGCCCACAAGCCCAGCCUCCUGUGCCAGACUGUCCCAUCUCAUGGCCAUUCCUCUCUUUUCUCACUAGCGGUGCUCUCUUCCAUAUCUCUCCCCGCAUCUCUGUGCCGGCCGGAGAUCGAGCUCCGCUUCGCCGGUUUUGAUGGCGUCCAUCGUCGAAUCCUGUUGGCUGUAUCUGAUCACUCAUUUCAGUGAUUUUCAACUGGCAUGUCUUGGGAGUUUCUUUCUUCAUGAAAGUGUCUUUUUCUUAUCGGGGAUACCUUUUAUAUACCUUGAAAGAGCAGGGUGGCUAAGCAAGUAUAAAAUUCAGACAAAGAAUAACUCAGCUGCAGCUCAGGAGAAAUGUAUCACUCGCUUAAUACUGUAUCAUCUUUGCGUUAAUCUGCCAGUUAUGAUUGCUUCGUAUCCUGUCUUCAGAUUCAUGGGCAUGAGAAGUAGCCUCCCAUUGCCAUCCUGGAAGGUUAUUUCUACACAAAUUUUGUUCUACUUCAUCCUGGAGGAUUUUGUAUUCUAUUGGGGACACAGGACUUUACAUACAAAAUGGCUUUACAAGCAUGUCCAUAAUGUUCAUCACGAGUAUGCAACGCCAUUUGGACUGACUUCUGAAUAUGCUCACCCUGCUGAGAUCCUAUUCCUAGGAUUUGCUACAAUUGUUGGUCCUGCAAUCACUGGGCCUCAUCUGCUAACUCUGUGGCUGUGGAUGGUACUUAGAGUUUUGGAAACAGUUGAGGCACAUUCUGGUUAUCAUUUCCCAUGGAGCCCCUCAAACUUCUUGCCCUUGUAUGGAGGUGCUGAUUUUCAUGAUUAUCACCACCGACUACUCUACACAAAGUCUGGGAACUACUCUUCAACUUUUGUGUACAUGGACCGGCUGUCUGACCGUUUGAUGAAAUCGCCAUGCCUUGUAAUACGACUAGGCAUUCAAUAUUCUUGGAGCCCUAAAUUCCAGGAUAUUCGGCACCGACAAGGGAUACAGAAAACUGAAGGCAUUAAAGAGCAGUGGAGACGAGAGCUGAGACAAGCAAAUAUAGGGGAAAGCGGAUGAAAGAAUAAUAAUAGUUUUGCCUGCUUUGAUAUUGCAGAUAGGUUCUAAGCGAGAGAGCCUCGCUUCCUUUGGUAAAAGUUUCAAUUCAUUUUCUCCUUUCGAGUUGAAUGUUACCACCUUUUUUUACAAGUUUGUUUGCUGUCGUGAGUUUGCAACUGUGUGAUGCGGAUUAUUAUAUAUCUUUGGAUGGUUCACCCCAUCUUCGCUUUCAUGAAUGAAGCUGCUGCCAUUUUCCUGAUAUCAUUCCCUCAUUCACGGCUUUGGGUUUUGCUAGAUCUCUCUAAUUCUUUUCACUGCGAGGGUUCGUUCGUUCUCCAGGUAUAGCUUGCUUUUAUGGAAGAUCAAUUAUUCAAAUACUUUCGGGAAUUAUGAUGUGUGGCGGUUAAUCCACUCAAACAUGAAACGAGCAACAAGAACUGGGCAAGUGAUUCUUAUAACCAGCUUUUGUAUUUGCAGAAGCUAGUAUUUUUGUCUGUCUUCGUAGAAAUGGUGCAGGAUGGCAUGGUUUUACGUAAAGCAUGCGUUGUCAAAAGAAGCUUUCUUCAUAUAAAAUAUUUAACAAUGAGAUAAGAAAGACCAGCAAGAGAGAGAGAGAAGCUGGGUUCAUUUUGUAUGUUCAUAUUCACUUUUUUCCCCCAGCUGGCUGGCCGCCUCUCCUAAUUCCGAAAAUGGCUACCCCCUUUCAUUCAUUUCAUUCCACCCAACCCUAGCUACAUAAGAAAAGAAAAAAAAAAAAAAAAAAACCAAAAACAAUAAAGAA